AUGGAUGCCACACAACAUAGCUCCAAACCCGUAGUCUUUAUUGGCGCGGCUGAUGCCAUCUGUGGAAGAGCGAUCGAGUCUUUCGUUGCGGCAUCUACCCUGCCGAUUGUCCUUGCCGAUGCUGACGAGAGUGCCAUCCGUCGAAACACAACCAAACUGUCUCCCAACCGAGCCACUAUCAAGCAAACCAACAUCUAUGAACCAAGCGAACUCCGCUCCCUCAUUUCUGGAGCACGGCUCGUCGUUCAGGGUGCUCAGCCCUAUGGCCGUGCCUCGGGGCCGGUACUUGGAGCGUGCCUGGAUGCAAAGGUUCCCUACCUCGACUAUUCAGACGACGUCAAGAGCACGCAAGACUCUCUCGACCUGUUCGAGCGGGCCGAACAACAAGGUGUCCCUUGCUAUAUCAACUGUGGCUCCUCGCCAGGGUUGACCAAUCUCAUGGCUGUCGAUGCAGCAAAGGAACUCGAGAGCGUCGACACCAUUGAUGUAGCGUGGUACGUCACCGACCGAGGAGGGCAGAAUGGUAAAGAGGUGUUGGAACAUCUCAUGCACAUCACCGCCGGGCCUUGUAUGACGUGGGCCGAUGGUAAACCGGCGGUUCACGAGAACUGGGUCGAGACAUCGUAUGCGCCGAUGAUCCCUGGCGAGGGAGACGUCCUCCUCCACGAAACCAUCCACCCGGAGCCUGUGACGCUGCCGCGAGCAUUCCCCACGGCAAAGCGGGUUCGAUGUCUAGGUGCUCUGAACCCUCUUCCGUUCAACGGCUUUUCACGCGGUCUUGCUGUUGCCGUACGAGAAGGCGCUCUCCCCAUGGAAGUGGCGAUAGAAUUUCUCUGGAACCUAGCCACAAGACCGACUACUGCUGUCGAUGGUGCCGCCAGCGAUAGCAGCAGCUGGUUGGAAGUAGUCAAGGCACAGCUACGCGGCGGCGACAUCAAACUCCGAGAGCUCUAUCAGCUUGCCUGCCACGCCGCGGGCGCUCUGGAUCCGUGGCGACAUGCCAUCUGGGGAAUGAUUCGACAAGUUCAGGAUGGUGAGUGCUCGCUGGUGGACGCGGCACGGUUCAUGGUCAACUCGGCAAGAGGCAGACAUCCAGACUACCGCGCUGGUAUCCUGGUGCGCGUGCUGGGGACACGCAAUGGCGUUCCCACGGUGGUCUAUCGCCGACAGGCGACUACCAUCCAAGAUCCGGAGGAGAGCAUGGCGGUCAACAUCGGAUCCUCGUGCGCCGCGUUCUUACUCAUGGUCACUGAGACUGAGCUGGAUCCAGAGGGUCUGAAGCGUGCAGGGGUUUUCUGUCCGGAGGACUGGGCAGAACUGGAUACUUACUAUAAGGCUAUGGAGCGCCUCGGGCGUCGUCAGAAAGACAACAUCGAGUCAUUUCGUUCGUAG